CCUAUGUGAAUUUCAUCUUUUGAGUAUUUAGCUAAAAAUUUCAGUUUUUUAAAUUAUAAUGAAUUUGCGUUUCAAAUUAAUUUGUGUACUUCUUAUUAUUUGUAUUCAGGACUUUGGGAGUAAUGGAAGUUGAAUAUUUGCAGGGGUUUUUAAUGAUAGUAAAUAAUAUACCACUGUAUAUAAUCGACAGUUUUGAUCAAUGUUAUAUGCAAACGGUGCAUUGCUCAAUGUACGGUUUACUUUAAAAACUUAUGUAUUGGAAUACAUUAAUGUAAGAAGGUAAAUAAACAAAUAUCGGUUUAGUUUGCAGUGUUCAUUGGAUAAUAUAUUACAGGUAGUAGUUUAAAAACUACUAUGAAAGAAGAAUAAGUGGCGCUUAUGAUCAAACAUCGCACAAGUGACUGUUACUUCAUGUAGAACGGCUUGUUAGAUUUAGCAAGUAGAACUAUGGAAUCAUUACUUGGUUUUCUUCAAGACAACGGGAAGGUUUUUCUCACAGUAGCGGUGGUUUUGGGAUCAGCCUGGUUCCUAUACAAGAAAAAGACGAGAACAUCUUACAAGCCAAGAGUGUGCGGCGUGGACUACCCACGUGACGUGGUCAUGCUUCAUGCGUUACGGCGGGACCGACUCGCCCCGAACCUUGGUCACUUCUGUAUAAAACUAGAAACCUACCUUAGGGUCAACAAAAUACCAUACCAGUUUGAUGGUACUUCAAUGCCUCGACCAAAGGAGAAAGUUCCCUGGAUUGAAUACAACGGCGUCACGAUGGGAGAUUCCCAACUGAUCAUACAAUACCUUGAGCAAGAGUUUAAGGUGAAUCUAAAUGCCCAUCUAGCCUCGAAAGAGCGAGCAAUAGCCUGGGCUAUACAGAAGUGGAUCGAAGAGUUUACAUACUGGUUGAAUGUUUACACAAGAUGGGUGAUUUUCAAUGAUGACAUGUUCAAGAUCCAGUCUACCUGCCCAAAGUACAUGAAGAUACCAAUGCGUAGGAAGGUUGAAAGCAUGCUGCACGCGGUCGGCGUUGGUCGUCAUAGCAAGGAAGAAGUUCACGCGAUGAUGGUGAACGAUUUAAAACAGUUUUCAGCUAUUUUAGGCGAUUGGAAGUACAUUAUGGGAGACCGGAUAUGCGAUGUAGAUUGUGCCGCGUUCGGCAUUCUGUCCCAAAUCCGCUGGUGUACGCCGUCAGCCUGUCCAGGAAACGCCUUGCUGCAAGGAGAUGAAUUAAGAAAUGUCACAGACUACAUGGACAGAAUACGAAACGAGUUUUGGCCGGAUUGGGGAGACAUAAUAAGCCAGGCUACAUAGAAAACUUAAAAUAAUGAUCAUGUGGAUGUAUGUUGUUAUUGGACUAAUGCAUAUCACCGUUAUUCAAUAAUCUCCAUAUUUAUGUGUAUAAUGUGCAUAUUGGACUAAUUUUAGCAAAUAAAUUAUACUCGAAGUUCAAAAAGACUACAUUCAAUAAAUUUAAUGCCUUGAAAUACAAAGGCAGGUAACCAACACAUUUCUAGAUUCUUAGCUUACUCGCAAGAUACUACCUUCAUGGCGCGUGCCCACACUCUUACUUAACAAUACCAUAAGAGCUUAUAUUUAAGUAAAUAAACCAUCCACAAAAUUGGCAUGUGAAUCAUCAAAGACAAACAUACCAAACAUUGUUUUAGUUAUGGCGGUGAGCUGUUUCCUGACCAUAAGUGAACGCAAACUAAUAUAUAAUCAAAUUAG